UACCGGAAGUAAAAUCAAUUAUUAACGGAAGUAGAUUGAGUGCUACUGCGCUCGUAUCAUCGUAUCGCUGUAGCAGUUGGUCGAGUGCAGCUUACAAGACACUUCCACAGGCGCAGGACUUGUCUUGAGGUAGGAGGCAGAGCUAUUUUCCAUCGCCUUUUAUUUCAGGACAUGCUUCCAGCCAUGUCUUCUGCGGUGGAUUUAAAGACAAAGGAGGAGAAGGAUGCUGAGCUGGACAAAAGGAUUGAAGCUCUACGAAAAAAGAAUGAAGCUUUGGUCAAAAGAUAUCAGGAAAUACAGGAAGAUAAGAAAAAGGCUGAGCAAGAGGGUGUCGCCAUAACAACAGCUCGCAAACCCCGCCCUCACGAGCCUGAGUCAGAACGGAAAAAGACAGAGAAAGAGAACUUCACUGUGACUGUUGAUUUGUCCAAAGCGGCUGGGGAGAAACGUGUGGUAAAUGACAGAAAAUCAUCAUCCAGUAAUAGUGGCGAUCAUGGCGUUGAAGAAGGACACACUGGUAGGCCUCAAGGCGAGAACCCCUCUAACAGAACCGGCUCGGGUCGGCUUAGCAGAGGUUGCUAUCGUGGGGGCAGAAGAGAGCCUCGUCCAAACAAAGGUGAACCAUGGCCAGACAGGCAAUCGCAGGAAAAUGAAGGUGGAGAUGGUCCUUCCCUUUCCGAACGCUAUUCCAGAGGAGGGCGCAGGGGUGGAAGAGGUGGAGGCAUUCCUCCUCAGGGAGGAACUGGCUCAGACAGAAAAUCAAAGGAGUGGGAGGAGAAGAGAAGGCAGAACAUAGAGAAAAUGAAUGAGGAGAUGGAAAAGAUUGCAGAAUAUGAGAGAGGUCAAAAGGCUGAAAGAGAAAAGAACCCCACCAGGAACUUCCUGGAUGACCCACGGCGCAGUGGGCCAGUCCCAGACACUGACCGCAAGGAGGGCAGCCGACGGCACGUGCGCAACUGGGGCGGGGUUGACUUUGACAGCGUGAAGACCGGAGCUGAAGUUGAGAGAGAAUGGACGAAUCGUAGGCCGAGUGGCAGAGGUUCAGUGGAUAUGACUCUGUCCAUGACAGGUCGAGAGAGAGCCGAGUAUCUCCGCUGGAAAAAAGAGCGUGAACAGAUUGAUGAGGAACGACUGGCUCGUCACCGGAAUGCCACCGGCCAGUGGAGGCGAGAGUGGGACGCCCAGAAAACAGAUACGAUGUUCAAGGAGGAUUCGGCUGGGACUGGAGAGGGAACACCUGAUCAGAGCAACAGGAGAGCAGCUAGGGGGCGCAAUGCCAAUGCACAGCAACGCAGCGGACCCUCAGAAGACAACAAGAGACCACCCAAGGAACCUACUUUCGGGGACUUCUUGGGGCAGGGCAAACUCAGACAGGAGGGUCGUGGACGAGGGAAGGGUCGAGGUCAAGGCAAGAACUACAGCAUGCAUGAUAAUCGCUGGGAAGGAGAACAUGAAGAGGAGAAAGGGAGGAAAGAGGAACAAGAAAAGGAGACUGAGGGGAAGGACAAAGAGAAGGAAAAUGAGAAGGUCAAAGCUCCAUCAUCAGAGAGGCAAACAGAUGAUGGAGGGCAUGCUGAAGAAGAUGAUGACGAAUGGGAAGAUGCUAGCGAUGGUGAGGAGGAGGAAGAGGUCGACAAAGAGGAGCCUGAGGAAGAAAACAAAGAUUCUCAUAAAGAUGCUAAACCAACAGAAAAGACGUCUACCUCUCCUGCCCCUUCUACUCCCAGCCCAAAAGAGAAGAGAACUCCCAGACCCAAAGUCCACAUCCCCUCCCCACAGGAAGCUCUCAGCACUCCCGAAGGGCCCAAACCUCUCAGCCCUUUCUCUCUGCUGGAUUCCCACCAGCCAGUGUCAGACUGGGGUGAGGAAAUGGAGAUGCUCUCUCCUAAGAGCAGUCUUGGUGAGAGCCCUCUGAGGCCCAGCAGCAAUGAAAGCAGUCCAGCCCAGCCGAAGAACAAUGAACGUAACACGGCAGACGAACCAGAAAAAAAUGAAAGUACAUCUACAGUUGUGGAAUCGGCUAACUGUGAACCCCAACAAGACAAUGUACCAGCUGAAUCUGCAAACACUGCCAUCUCAAGCAGCGAAGAGCCCAUAGUGCCGCCCACCCCAGACAGCGCCAGGCAGAGCGAAGACAGCGAAGCCCCUGCUACAGACCCAGAUCAGAGUCAAUUUGAAACCAAGGUUGAACUGGAUGCAACAGUGGACCAAUCAGAACAACCGCUCUCAGGUGCUGUUCUUAUUACCAGCUUUGAGACUGUGGCUUUUCGAAAAAAGUCCCUUACUUCUGCUGACGUCUAGCAACUAACCAACGCCCUCCCCUGUUUCUGCAACCUUAAGUCUUUGUGUCUCUCUCUCUCUACCCUGUUCCCAAAACUCAUGUAUGCCCCCGUCCAUCUGUCUCAUGGCAUGAGAUGGCAUCUGCACUCGCCCUUCUGUGUGGUCUUUGACAAAUGGGAUGCAACCCUCCUGAGGCUAUGACAGGUUUUCUUUCUUCUGGGACUGAUCGUUCUUGUCUGCAGCUUCGCACUGGCUGUCACUCUCUCCUUUGUGAAUCUUGCACAACUAUCCUGCAUCCAUUCUGUUCCUGGAUCCCUCUCAUUACGUCUUUGAUUAUUUUUUUUGCACCUAGGUCAUGCUUUGAAUGUGGGUUCUGACUUGUUCCCCCUUAAUGCAUGUUACAAACUGCUUAAAAGUUUACCCAACAAUGAAAAUUCUCUUAUAAUUUACUUUCUCCAUUAUGACAGUUUUGAAGUUUCACCAUUUUGAAUCCUAUACGUAUGUAUGAAGUGAUGGAUAUUUUUAUGUGUUUAGCUGAGGAAACUCUGUUUAGACAGUUUUAGCAGUAACAACAUAAACAAACUUGGCCCAAACUUAACUUACAGUAGACUUUUGCAUAGAAUCAAUAACAACAGAGUCCUUUUACAGUAGAUUAUCUGAUAACAAGCUAAAUAAAUUACUUGGUUUAAAAUCAUAGCCAAAGCGCAUCAACGUUACACUGAGCUAAUGUUACUGUGUAAAAUUAAUGUAUAAAAUGCAGACCCUAAAUUCUGGCUGCCAAAUCUGCGAUCUAUGCUCACUGUCUGUCAUCGUGUUUUGAAAUCCAAAACAUGAUAUUUUCCACAAGGUAUUUGUUCCAUAGGUCAGUUUAGUCACUCACCAGGUUGAUAAACAAGCAGGAAGUUAACUUAGCUGUAGUGUGCAUGUCUCCGAUCUAUACAUCUGGGGAUGUUUAAUAAAUUGAGAGAAUUUUCAUUUUUUUGGGUUAAAUGUUUUUUAAGCAAAUAAUUGUUUGAUUCCAUUUUGCAAGUGCAAAGCAUGCAUGUUUGUUGUCUUGUGUGCAAAAAGGACUGCAAAUGAGAAUUGUCUAUGGUUGACUCUGUAAUUGAAGUCCACCCUAUUUGAUUGCUGCGAAGCAUCAUUAUCAUUGAGGGAGAAACGCUUGGCUGUUUUCCCAGAACAGCUGUUAGAUAGACCAGGGUAAACCAAAUAGGGUUCUAAGUCUGUAUGGCAGCUUAUUAGAUUUCAAAUCAUUUUAAAGAUAUGCAGGACAUGGCAACCGUGUCUGCAUAUCUGAAUGUGUUACUGUCCUAUAGCAAGACAUUUGGUGCUUUUCCGUUGGAUGGUACGACCCGUUACAGCUCACUUUUGGGCGGUUUCCACUGUGUACAGUACCUAGUACCAGAUUUUUUUAGUUCUACCUCGGUUGAGGUUUCAAGCGAGUUGUACUGAUACUAAAACGUGACGUGUAACACUGCAGGUUACCGAUUUGUCCGAAUCGUCACUACCAGCAUCAUUACUAAAUGCAAGAUUAGCGCUUACCCUCCUGCGCCACCGAGCAAACCAACUCUUAAGGGCAGUUCACAUUAUAACUCUAACUUUAUGCUGAUUCUCUAAUGUGCGGCACUCGUGCAAAGCACUUUCCCUUAAUGGCAUUAACUAAUAAUGGAUAUUACUUGUAAUAAAAAACUUUUGCAAAAGCAUUACAUAGUUAAUUUCACAGCAACUGCGUCAGCGCUGGAUACCUGAGGUCAUUUUAUAGACCUCAGCAAUGAGCUUCUCCACUGUCAUUGCAAGUGCUCUUGAAGUUCAAAUUGAUUUGAUUGGCUGUCAAUGGUUUAUCAUUUAUCAGGUGGGGGAAAAUCGCUAAGAAAGUGACCCCAACGAUAUUGUUCAUUGUAUAUUUAUCGUUAUAGUUGUGGUGUGAACUCCACUAUUCUCUUUAAUAUAAAACGAUUUUCAAAGCUAUAGUUCUUAUAUUUAUUGUUAUAAUGUAAUAUGUAAAGCGCUUUGAGCACUGGAAAAGCGCUAUAUAAAUGUAACUAAUUAUUAUUAUAAUUAUUAUUAUUAAUGUGAACUGCCCUUAAGUCUAUAAGCCCCACCCACUCUAAAGCGGCACUAAAGUGCAAUGGACAAGCAAACUAAAGGUGUGUUUGACAUCGGCUGGAUGUAACCGAUCGGCGAGAUUAGCCGCGUGCCGGUGGGUAGGAGCUGAAAACGGAGACGUGAAGUUGGACACGCUGUGGUUCCCGUAGUUUGCUGCAUUUACGUCAGGCAUGGCUAAUCACGUGGCGUUUGCUUGCUUUAUUGAAGUAAACAUGAUUUGUAAGAUGUAAACUACAUAAAAAGUGAAUUAUACUGUUUUGAAUGUCCGUGUAUGAGCAUGAGUGGAAAUUAAGAGGCUUACAGCAUCUGUUUUUACAGGAAUAAAGUUUACCAUAAGCAUCUAUUAUUUAAAUACCAAUGUAGUGGGGUCUACGUUUUUUAUCCAUUUUAUAGGGGUGUGACGAGACACUUAAUCCACGAGACGAAACACGAGAUUGGGUUCACGAGACGAGACGAUAUUUUUACACUUUCUAAGAAACCCUCAAUGAUAAAAUAAAUGAAUAAGAAACUGAAAUCACAAUUAUUUUGCUAACUGAUAAUGAAGUAAUUUGUUAUUUUGGGGUAAUAAAAAUAGACCCAAGUUAGCAGUAGCAUUUAAAAUUACAUAAUAACGAAGAUGCAAUAAUAAUUGGUUCAAAUAAAGUAUUAAAACCAAGUUACAUUAAACAACAUUAACAAACACUUUACAUGAUUUGUGGCAUAAAAAGCAUUAUGUAUGUAUUAUAACAAAUGCCUGCAGGGGGCGAUAGUGGACUCGUCUCACGGACGCUGUCUUCACUUUCACUUUAGACGGAGAAACGCUUAUUUUUAGACAAACAAUGGUUAAAUCCAUAUUAAUAUUUAAUAUAAGUCCAUUUCCUUACACUAGAAAUGAUACAGACACUGUCAUUUUUUGAGCAAGAACAUGCAGACAUUAAAUCAUGUAGCUCUGUGUGAGGGUUUAAUCUGCUGAGACUUCACAUCUGACACUGAUCAACAGACAAACACAACGCGUCUCAGACUUCACACAAGCUCCCAAACGAACAUUAUUAGAAACCCAAUCAAAAAAGCAAACGCAGUAAAAGACAAAUAUAAUGCAUGCACUGUAAAAGGGUCAAACAGAAAGCUGCAUCCUCCGGAGGUCGUAUAUGCACGUUGCAUACGUCAUCAAGGUUUAUUUCAGAUCAUUAACUGAGCAUUACAUUUGCAAGUCGUGAGCAUAUUACAACAAAUUGCGAUUAACUAAAUAAUUAGUAAACUUUAUAAUUUUUAAUAGUCUCUAAUAAGACAGUAAUGAAGUAAAUGCAGUUUAAAAAUGCGACCUCCGAAGAAUGCAGUCUUUUAUUUGAGAAACGGCCAGCACCUCCACAAGAAAUCUCCCGAGACACAUGUAAUCUCGCGAGAUCCGGUCGCUUUAAAGGCUCUCUAAGCGAAUCUGCGAGACGUUAUAUAUUGUUGACGUUUGAACUGUUUUCAAACAGACGGAGCGUAGCUAACUCCUCCCCCUCCCUUCCGUGCUUUCAUGAACGUGCCCAGCCCCCACCCCCAAAUCCUUUUUGUCGUUAAUUGGCUGGAAUACUUUGUUUUGUUUUGUGACGCUAGGUUUGGCCACUAUGUUGAUAUUGCCGUUUGUGAAGCCUGGGCUGUCUACAGAGAUCGCGUUUUUUUACAUUUUGAUCAGCGGACAGGCAGCCAGCAGAUAGUGAGGAGAUGUUUCCGGUAUGUAACAAAAAAUGUUUUAUGGUCUAAAAUGCUUCAAUUCGCUUAGAGCGCCUUUAACUGUUAUAAAAAUACAGAUUUAUGAGCAUUUGUGGAACUGAAAUCGGAAUCGUGAAAAUAAACACGAAACACAUGUGAUUGUUGUCAUGUGGUAAAUCCGACCAAUCGUGAAACAGCUGUGUCGUCAUUACAGCCCUUGCAGCUCCUCUUGGCGGCUGAUCUCUAAUCGCUCUCACGAUACUUAAAAACCUGACCAAUUUGGUCCCCCCUGGCAAUUCGGUCUCCCCUAGGACCCCCACGUGAUUCCAUUGGCUGAAAAACUCCUCAUGGGUAGUUUCUUAGCGCCUUAUUACAAUUCCUACAAAAUCUCGUUAUAAUUUAUGUAGUUAGAGAACCUUGUUAAAAUUACAAUUGAUGUCUUUUAAAUGAUAUGUUUCAUAUAGCAGUAUAUAAAUAAGGCUAUAGGUGGGAGAUCUACACAUUGUACCGAGCCACGUCGUACCCAGCAAUGGAAAAGCACCAAUAGUUUUACUGCAAUUCAAGUAUGGGUAAGAUUACAGAACAUUUGAUCCCUUUAGGAUCUACAGUUCAUUCUUAAUUAUAAAGUAAACCCCAUUGAAAUGCUUUCCGUUACUUAGAUUUAAAAUAAACAAACUUGGUCUAUCACUAAAAAGCUAGUUAAUUUGUAUCUUAAUUAUCAAGUUUCUUUGACUGAAGUUUGUAAUGUUUUUUUAAGUCCCCCUAUAGUUUUAAUUUUAUACCUUAAAAUGCUUCAUUGCUGAUCAAAAUGACAUAUUUAAAUGUUUUUGCUAAGCAAUGAUAUUAAAAACUUUAAAGUUUGGAACUGGAAUUCUCUGCCCUUUGUUUGUUACCAUAUGUUUUAGGAGUUUUACACAUCUUAGUAUUAUGACAAAAAUUAUGAAUGUGCAGUUUGUACUAUCAUUACAUUAUGCUGGUCGCUGGAAUGGCAAAUAAAUUAUGUGCAGAUUCGCAGAU